UGUUGUGCCCGGUGUUGCCCCGGAGGAGAUAGAAGCCCCUGCUGCCCUGCUCCUCCUCUGGCUGCUGCUGCUGCUGGCCCCACUCUCUCUGCGGGAAGAAGGGAGGGAGGGAGGGAGGGCUGCAGGCAGGCAGGCGGCGCUCCCUGUGGCCUCACCUGGCCGAGAGAGAAAGAGACAGGGCCAGGGGGCUCCUCCUCCUCCUCCUCCUCUGCGCCCUGGACCAAGGAAGGAAGGAAGGGAAAGGCCAGAGGGAAGAAGGGAAGAUGGUCAUCCGCGUGUUCAUCGCCUCCUCCACGGGCUCCGUGGCGAUAAAGAAGAGGCAGCAAGACAUUGUCCGAUUUCUGGAAGCCAACAAGAUUGACUUUCAAGAGGUGGAUAUCACCAUGUCAGAGGAGCAAAGGCGAUGGAUGUAUAAAAAUAUCCCUAAGGACAAACAACCUGCCCAAGGCAAUCCAUUACCUCCCCAGAUUUUCAGCGAUGAUGAGUACUGUGGAGAUUAUGACUCAUUCUUUGAAUCCAAGGAAAGCAACACUGUCUUUACAUUUCUUGGGUUGAAACCUAGUUUGGCAUCAAAGGAAUCAGAGCCUUAACAAAGUUCCUUGAGGAUUCAACAAGCACAUUGUCUGGGUGAAUGAAAUCCUUGAUGUUCAGCACACAACACUUUCCCUAGUGGAUCACUGUGAUACAAGCCAAUGUGCACCAUCAAUAUUUUGCUUGACACUGAAGAAGUGAAAUUUGACAGUGGAAACAAAUUGGGGUAAAUGGUAGUGGUGGUGGUGGUGGUGGGUACUCUCCCUUCUUUGCAAACAUAUCUGAAGUAAAUGCCAGGGACCAUUGUUCUAGUAAGGCUGUGAUGUUCCAUUUGAAUAAUACAGUCUGUAUUGUGAGAGCUUCAGUGGUUCUGAGCUGAGAGAUGCAGCAGACAUGACCUUCAACACAAUUAACCAUGAAAAUAAGCAGUGUUGAGUUGUGAAAAUAUAACCUUCCCAAAAAAAAAUCCAAAAUCCGAAAAAAGGCAGGGUUUCGACCCCCCCCCCCCAAAAAAAAAUCUAAUUGUGCUGAAAAUGUGCUCAUAGCUAUUGAUAGGCCCUGGUUUAUUUUUCCCAUGAAAAAUCAAAUAUCGAAAAUCUCACCUCUCAUCUGGCUGACAUGUUGCUGUAGAUUAUGAAGGCAAAAAUCUUCCUGCACAUGACACCUCACUCCAGGGUUGAGGACUUUGCUUUGACUGUAAACUAAGAAUAAUCUCUUCAUGCAGCCUCAGAGAAAGAAUUUGCUGUGAGGCAUCCAACGACAUACAUCUCAACUCUAGAGGGGAAUGAAUGCCAGGGUCUCUCACUUUGAGCUACACAUUUGCCAAAGUUGAUACUUAUAAAUUCAGUAUUUAUUACUCUAUUUUACAGUAUCAUUGCUGUCAGUGAGAUUCAUGGCAGAACAAAGGAUAAAACCUGUAUAGUGCCAUGGAAUGUAACCAGAGCCUGUUAAAGCACUUAAACCAGAAUUUUAAGCAGGUUAAUAGUUCUGUUGCCUUAAAGGGAAGGUGGUAUGAGGAGGUUUGGUUUUUGUUUUUAAUUUUUUUUACAAAAGACAGAAGCGUUAUUUUCUGUCUACAAAAUAUGUCACUUUACCUGCUUGUGCUGGAUUAGGCUGGAAUGUUUAGGAUCUUCCUGUGAUGAGCCAUAAUCAGUAGUAAGGAUAGCACAUUCUUUCCAAGUGGUAUAUCUUUGAUACUUAUAAAUCAGGGAUUUGUAACCCCUCCAAAUGUUGUUAGAACACAACAGCCUGUGCCUGUAGCUAGCAUAACCAGUGGUAAAGGAUUGUGGCAGUUGUAGGCUAGCAAUGUUUGGAGGGCCUUGUGCCCUGUCUCCCUGAUUUGAAUGAACAAUGUCGGAUUGAAACAAUAGUAAUGUAUUCCAAUUCAUCUCUACUCUGAAGUAAUUUCCAUUGAGAGCCAUUCUCAUGUGAGUGUGUAUAGGAUUAUGGCAUAGCUAACUUUUUAAAAAAUAGUUUUAUUUAUCAUUUGAAGCCCCACUACUGUGCCAAUUUUGAGGGGAAAGAUUUUUUAGCAGCCUUCUUGUCAAAACAGUUCCCCAAUACUUUCUUUUUUCCCCCUGUUUGAACCUAAAUUUGUGGUUGCUUCUAUAUGGAUGCUUUUCCAUGGUUUCCCUUUGCUUCUUUAUGAAGUGUCUCUGUUCUAAAAGACCACUAGAUUUGCCAGUGUACAGCUUGCAGUCCCUGCAUCCCAGGAUGCUUACCUAUACCAUGGGAAGAAUGAAAAUAUCAGAACUACAAAUACAAAGAUUCAGAUGCUGCUGAUUUUGCAUCUGUUGUAAUUGGAAGAUCUCAACCAGCAGGAUUUUAGUCUGGAGUAGAUUUCCUUUCAGAACUGAACUUUUGGCAGCACUCAGAAUUGUUUCUUAUGUAGAACUAAUAAUAUUUGGAUAUUCCAGUGUAUCAGUUUACAUAAAUCCUAAAUCCUAAUUUCAAGCCCUAAUUUAAAAUGUAGGUGCUUAUAUGUGAAGUUCACAUUCUAUGCUACUAUCCCAAAGAGAAAUACUUGUUGAAGUUCACACUCAGAGAAAGUUGUGUUUAAGCUAUUUUAGGGCGAGCUGGUUAUAAUUAGCUUAAAUCUCAUUCAUUUCAAUGAGAAUUAAGCAAAACACAUAACUAAACUGCAGCUUAUGUUUAUUGUGUAGCAGAAGAAUAGGAAUUAUGCACAACUCCAGAGGUUGACUGUAAGUCCCAUCAACCCUAGCUGACACAGGCAAUGCAAAAAGAGAACCCAAUGGAAUUGAAACUGGGUGCAUUCAAAGUUAAGAACUAAUACCCUUCCUCAACAACUCUAAUUAAUUUGAUGGUGGGAGUGGUGUAGCUGGAUGCUGCUGAGACUAUAAGCCCUGACUUCCUUUGGGCAGAGGGCUAGAGGACUUGAAUCAGCAUUUGGCUCUGCAUUUCAUGUGCUCCCACACACAAGCAGAAUGUGUGAGAGUGUCCCUUCUUUAGUCAAGUGAGUU